AUGGAAAGGACUGGCAGGCUCGACCGAAUCCAGCGCAGUGGCGGGGACCCCCGGCUGGUCCGCAACCUCUGCAUCCUCGCCCAUGUUGACCACGGCAAGACCACCCUCGCUGACAGUCUCGUCUCCUCCAACAACAUCAUACACAAGCGACAUGCUGGAAAACUGCUUUACAUGGACUCUCGGACGGACGAGCAGGACAGAGGCAUCACCAUGAAGGCCUCAUCGAUCAGUCUGCUGUUCCGGCCGGAUGGGCGGCCCGAGCAUCUUGUCAACCUCAUCGACUCCCCUGGCCACAUCGAGUUCGGGUUCGAGGUGUCCAGCGCCCUCGCGCUUACCGACGGUGCACUUAUACUGGUGGACGCGGUUGAGGGGGUCACCAGCCAGACUUACGCCUGUAUACGCCAAGCCUUCAACUAGCAGGUCAAGGCUGUCCUUGUGAUCAACAAAAUCGAUCGUCUCAUCCGGGAGCUUGAGCAGACCCCUGAGGAGGCGUAUCGCACGAUCGCCCAGGUCAUCGAGCACGUCAAUGCGGUGCUCGGUGCCAUGGUUAGCACAGCCGAAGGAGAGGGCCUAGUCGAGGCGGACUUGAUUGACUCCUUGGAGCGGGGCCUCUACUUCGAACCUCAGAAGAACAACGUUAUUUUUGCGAGCAGCAUUGACACCUGGGCGUUCACCAUCCGUGACUUUACACGGCUUUUUGCAGCUCGGCUGGGUGCCCGCCCCGAGGCACUGCAGCAGGUUUUAUGGGGUGAGCACUACUUCGACCGAAAAACCAAGAAGGCAGUAGCCAAGCCGCCUCGAGAAAGCAGCCGGCCGAUGUUCGUAGAAUUCGUGCUAGAAAACAUCUGGAAGGUCUACGGCGCCUGCAAGGGGCAUGAGGAGGAGGCCGUCCGGAAGAUCGCCCAGCCACGGAGGAUCACCCGAUUCUUCCAGGAAAUACUGGACUGCAAGGACCCCUCCGUCGAGGGGCUGAAGCAGGCCGCCCUGCAGUGCGAUAAUUCGGAGGAUGCGCCUGCCCUUGUGUUUGUCUCCAAAAUGCCCUGGAAGGGGAGCCGGCUGCUGGGCUUCGGAAGGAUCUUCAGUGGCCGGUUGCGAAGAGGACAACCGGUCUACCUGAUCAGCCCGACCCCUAAAAAGGUCAUCGACGAGGAAGGCGAAAUUGUUCUAGAGCGAGAUAUCCAGAGGAUCGAGCUAGGAGGACUGUACAUGCUGAUGGGGCAUCAGGCGGAGGCAGUCUCUGAGGUGAGCGCGGGGACGGUGUUCGGCCUGGGCGGGCUGGACGAACUGGUGUUCAAGACCUGCACACUGAGCACGGUCGAGAGCUGUCCCUCGAUCACUCCGAUCUUUUCCCACGCGAAGAACAUCCUGAAGCUGGACCGUUCGGACCCGUCGGUCACCCUCACCCUCGAGAACAACGGGGACAUGGUCCUCACCACGUGCGGCGAAAUCCACCUUGAGCGUUGUGUCGAGGACCUGCGGGCUGCUUUCAGUCAGCACGAAGAGGUACGAGCUGAGAAGCUCCGGCUGCGAGAAGAGAUGCUACAAGAUCAGCUGGUAGAGGACGAGCGCAGGCUCAGGAAGGAGGAGGCGAUAAAAGAGUGGGAGGCGCAUGUCGAGAAAUACGACGCGGACGACAUGACAGUCGCAGACACCCGCUACUUUCUGAAGCCCGAGGACGAGCAGGAAGAGAACCCCUUCAUUAACAUCCGUGAGAAGACCAACCUCGUCCACAGCACCACUCCCAACGAACUGAUCCAGCUCACCAUCAGGAAGGUGCUCUACCGGGACGUCCCUUGCGAGCAGCUGAGGAGGGUGCUGGCUGAAAUCGCGGACUGCGCUUGCGACACGAUCGAGGACGGCACGAUCCGCAAGCUGAUCCUGCAAAAGGCAUGCUGUCUGGGCCCUCAGAAGAGCGGGCCUAACCUCCUAACCUUCAGGAUGAUGGAGGAAGAGCACAGUCUGUUCGCUGGCAAGAGCAGGGACUGGCUGCAUAUCGAGGACUUCGAGCUGGUUGAAAAAUAUUUUAACGCCAGUAGCCGGGAAAUCAUCAGCGCUAUCACCUCGGGCUUUGAGCUGGCUGUCCAGUCGGGCCCCCUUUGCGAAGAAGGAAUGAUGGGCGCCCUUUUCGUGGUCGAGAAGGUGGAGGUGCACCCCCAGGCCCUCGAAAAACUGAUGGCCAAGUACGAACCCUCUGAAGACGAGGAGGGCAAGGAGCUGCGCGAGGCCUCUACUAGCACAAAGCGCAUAAAGGACCCUUACGGGCCUCUGCUCGGGCAGCUCAUCUCCACCACGAAAAGCCUCUGCCUAGAAGCUUUUCUCGGAGCGAACCCAAGGCUGGUGGAGCCGGUCUACCACUGCACAGUAAACUGCGGGCAGCAGCACUACGGGCCGGCCUUCCACGUGCUGAACAAGCGGCGUUCGGAGGUGCUCAGUGACGACGUUCAGGAAAACGGGCAGUUCAAUAUUAUCCAGGCGCAUCUGCCGGUGCUGGAGUCUUUCGGGCUGUAUAAGGAGAUGCUGACGAAGACGCAUGGGAUGGUCAACCCCCAGCUCCAGUUCGACACGUGGCGGGUGAUCGAAGAGGACCCCUACUUCGUGCCAGCCACGGCAGAGGAAAUCGAGGAGCACGGGCUCGAAAACCUCCUGCACAACAAAGCCCGCAGCAUCAUGCUGGGGGUACGCAAGCGGAAAGGCCUGCCCGACGGCAAACUCGUGAUCGCCCCCGAAAAGCAGCGCAACCUCUCAAAGAAGAAGUGA